UUGGUGACGAACUACCCAAUAAAAUCCUACAGUAACUCUUUGUUCCCCUCCACCCUCGCCUCGCUCUCUGCACUCCCGAUACGAAAUCCGUAGAUACCACCGGCGGCGAUCGCACGGGCGGCGUCGGGAACUCGGGAUACAGCAGAAACCCUAACCCGCCUCAUCCUCGUGCGAUGUCGGCAACCGCCGUGGCCCCGACCCCUCCCGCCGCGGCCUUCGCGGUGGCGGCCCCGCCGUCGUACCCGGCGGCCUUCUCCGCCGCCGCGGCGCCCACCGAGGGCCACGACGGCGACUUCUACUGUCACUACAAGUCGCUCCGGCGCCACCACGAGUUCCUGGAGAUCCAGGAGGACUACGUCAAGGACGAGCUCAGGAACCUCAGGCGCGAGGAGCUCCGCGGGGCCGAGGAGGUGAAGCGGUGCCGGGCGACGCCGCUCGAGAUCGGCCAGUUCAUGGAGAUGGUCGACGCCGACCACGGCAUCGUGGCGCCGACCACCACCGGCGGCAGCUUCUACGUGCGGGUCCUCAGCACCAUCGGCCGCGAGCUGCUCAAGCCCUCGGCGUCCGUCGCGCUGCACCGCCACUCCCACGCGCUCGUCGACGUGUUGCCGCCCGAGGCCGACUCCAGCAUCUCGCUGCUCGGCUCGUCGGAGAAGCCCAACGUCACCUACAGUGAUAUUGGUGGAUGUGACAUUCAGAAGCAAGAAAUCAGGGAAGCUGUCGAGUUACCCUUGACACAUCAUGAGUUGUACAAACAGAUUGGUAUUGAUCCACCAAGAGGUGUGCUUCUGUAUGGUCCUCCAGGUACUGGCAAGACCAUGCUUGCCAAAGCUGUGGCACAUCACACAACUGCUGCUUUUAUCAGAGUAGUCGGUUCAGAGUUUGUGCAGAAGUACUUGGGUGAGGGACCUCGGAUGGUUCGAGAUGUAUUCCGUUUGGCUAAGGAGAAUGCCCCUGCAAUCAUAUUUAUUGACGAGGUUGAUGCUAUAGCCACUGCACGUUUUGAUGCUCAGACAGGUGCUGACCGAGAAGUUCAGCGCAUUCUGAUGGAGCUACUUAAUCAGAUGGAUGGAUUUGAUCAAACAGUGAAUGUGAAGGUUAUAAUGGCAACUAAUAGGGCAGAUACUCUAGAUCCUGCUUUGUUGCGUCCAGGUAGACUUGACAGGAAAAUCGAGUUCCCUCUUCCUGAUCGGCGGCAGAAGAGGCUUGUGUUCCAAGUCUGCACUGCCAAGAUGAAUUUGAGUGAUGAGGUUGAUUUGGAAGAUUAUGUUUGUAGACCGGAUAAGAUCAGUGCUGCUGAUAUUGCUGCAAUAUGCCAAGAAGCUGGCAUGCAUGCCGUCAGGAAAAACCGGUACGUGAUCCUGCCCAAGGACUUUGAGAAGGGCUACCGGACCAAUGUAAAGAAGCCCGAGACAGACUUCGACUUCUACAAGUGAAGAAAGCUUGUUGAUGUUAAAAUAAAAUGCAUGCGCUCUUGUCGAUAUACUAACAAACUGGGACACAUGCCAUGUUGGAUGUUAAGCGACAAUGACUACAAUUCAAACGGCAUCAUACCUUGUGCUGUUUGCUAGUGUGACAAAUGCACCUAACCGUAGGUUGCAUGGAUGUCAUCUGUACUAAAUUUGUACUAACGAUUUUCUUGUAAUUGAGCCUGCAACACUUUCCUCUCAUUAUUCUGUCUGACAACCGACACAAGCCUUCGGCGUGUACGUGCGUGCAUUUUUGUAUUUUGAUUGGAAACAAAUGAUGUUUCGGAUGCGUCUUGGUAGUUUUUGCUUCCAAAAUAA